ACCACAGUUGCAGGAAAAGAAACGGCAGAAGAGGGACCCGUGCUGGUGCUUCCUGCCAGCUGCGGCCGCGGCCCGGGGUGCUGGCUGGGGUGGGAGCCCUCCUCUCUUCCCCAGAAGACCCAGAGACGCCUGUUCUAAGACUGCAGGGCAUACUUUUGGAGUCUUGUACCUCAAUGCCCUCCUUUUACAGACUAGGAAACCGAGGCUGACGUGCGCCGGGAUUUAGCGGCAUUCCUGAGAUUAGAACUCACGCCCUCCACUUUCCCCCUGUCACAACUGCCCGGGAGAGGCGGAGAGCAGAAAUUGCCCCUCCCUCGGAAGUCUCGGGACUAGGUUUUUCCUGCCUGCGGGUCAGCUCUCUGGGAAACAGGCAUCCCCCUGCGGCUCAAGGAAGCCCUCCACGGGGAAGCCCUUCUGCAGCCUUGAGCCCCACGGAGGCUGCCGUGGGGGUGGGGAGGGGGGGGUGUCCGUGCUCUAGCCGAAGCGGAGCAGGGGACGCAGACGACUGACCUAGAAAGCCAUCUCUCUAAACGUGCGUGCGCCCACCUACAGGUACGUCAUUUGUGUCACACGCAAUGCAGCUAUGGCUCCAACUUCUUAUUAGUUACAGGAGUGCACCUUCUUAGAGGAAAUGAACAGCUUAGACUUUUUCUUCGAGGAAAGCUGCUCCUCGGGAGCCCGCCAUUAUGCCUCGCGAACGCGCACAGCGCCUCGGGUCACUCGUAGCUUCUCCCCACGUUCCUUAGGUUCCGCCCAGGACUACAAUUCCCGCCAGCCCUUGGGAUCCCGUUUUGGCGCACAGCUUGCUGGGAGGGAGGGAGGAGGGGGCGGACCCAGGCCAAUGGGUGCUGGCUCCCGAGGAGGAGAGCGAGCAGGAGGAGGACUCUGGCCCGGGCUCCAUUCAUCCCCUCUGCCUGCCGGGCUCAGGGCCUCGGUUUUGGGGAGCCAUGGAGGCGCUGAUUCCAGUCAUCAACAAGCUCCAGGACGUCUUUAACACCGUGGGCGCCGACAUCAUUCAGCUGCCCCAGAUCGUCGUGGUUGGAACCCAAAGCAGUGGAAAAAGCUCAGUGCUAGAAAGCCUUGUAGGGAGGGACCUACUCCCAAGAGGUACUGGAGUUGUCACCAGAAGACCCCUGAUUCUGCAAUUGGUCCAUGUUUCACAAGAAGAUAGAGGAAAAGCAUCUGGAGAUGACAAUGGCGUUCAAGCUGAAGAGUGGGGCAAAUUUCUGCACACCAAAAAUAAGCUCUACACUGAUUUUGAUGAAAUUCGACAAGAAAUUGAAAACGAAACCGAGAGGAUUUCAGGAAGUAAUAAGGGGGUCAGUCCGGAGCCCAUUCAUCUGAAGAUUUUCUCCCCCAACGUCGUGAACCUGACUCUCGUGGACUUGCCGGGCAUGACCAAGGUGCCUGUGGGCGAUCAGCCGAAGGACAUCGAGCUUCAGAUCAGAGAGCUCAUCCUCCGCUUCAUCAGCAACCCGAAUUCCAUUAUUCUGGCCGUCACUGCUGCUAACACCGACAUGGCGACCUCGGAGGCUCUGAAGAUCUCAAGAGAGGUGGAUCCAGAUGGCCGCAGAACCCUUGCUGUAAUCACGAAACUAGACCUCAUGGACGCUGGGACGGACGCCAUGGAUGUGUUGAUGGGACGGGUCAUACCCGUUAAACUGGGCAUCAUUGGAGUGGUCAACAGGAGCCAGCUGGACAUUAACAAUAAGAAGAGUGUAUCGGAUUCUAUCCGCGAUGAAUAUGCUUUUCUUCAAAAGAAAUAUCCAUCAUUAGCCAACAGAAAUGGAACAAAGUAUCUCGCUAGGACACUGAAUAGGUUGUUGAUGCACCACAUCCGGGACUGCUUGCCCGAACUGAAGACGAGAAUCAACGUGUUAGCCGCUCAGUACCAGUCUCUCCUGAAUAGCUACGGCGAACCCGUGGAUGACAAGAGUGCCACGUUAUUGCAGCUUAUUACCAAAUUUGCCACAGAAUAUUGCAACACCAUCGAGGGAACCGCAAAGUACAUAGAGACAUCUGAGCUAUGUGGUGGUGCUAGAAUAUGUUACAUUUUCCAUGAAACCUUUGGGAGAACAUUAGAGUCUGUUGACCCUCUGGGUGGCCUUAAUACCAUUGAUAUUUUGACUGCCAUUAGAAAUGCUACGGGACCCCGUCCUGCCUUGUUUGUGCCUGAAGUUUCAUUUGAAUUAUUAGUAAAGAGACAAAUCAAACGGUUAGAGGAGCCCAGCCUUCGUUGUGUGGAGCUGGUUCAUGAAGAAAUGCAAAGAAUUAUUCAGCAUUGUAGCAAUUAUAGUACCCAGGAGUUGUUGAGGUUUCCCAAACUUCAUGAUGCCAUAGUUGAAGUCGUCACUUGUCUUCUUCGGAAGAGGUUACCAGUUACAAAUGAAAUGGUCCAUAACUUAGUUGCAAUCGAAUUGGCCUACAUCAACACCAAACACCCAGACUUCGCGGAUGCCUGUGGGCUCAUGAACAAUAACAUCGAGGAGCAAAGGAGAAAUAGGUUGGCAAGAGAGUUAACUUCCACGGUGCCACGGGACAAGUCUUCUAAAGUUCCAGGUACUUUGGCACCUGCCUCCCAGGAGCCCUCUGCUGCUGCUUCUGCUGAGGCUGAUGGCAAGUUAAUUCAGGAGAGCAGAAGAGAAAGUAAACAUAUGGUCCCUGUAGGUGGCGUAGGCGACGGCACUCAAGAGCCCACGACAGGCAACUGGAGAGGAAUGCUGAAAACCUCCAAGGCGGAAGAACUGUUAGCGGAAGAGAAAUCCAAACCCAUCCCCAUUAUGCCGGCCAGUCCACAGAAAGGCCACGCUGUGAAUUUACUGGACGUGCCGGUGCCCGUUGCACGUAAACUAUCUGCCCGGGAACAGCGAGAUUGCGAGGUCAUCGAACGACUCAUCAAAUCGUAUUUUCUUAUUGUCAGGAAGAACAUCCAAGACAGCGUGCCGAAGGCAGUCAUGCACUUUCUAGUCAACCACGUGAAGGACACGCUUCAGAGUGAGUUAGUGGGGCAGCUCUACAAAUCCCUGUUACUGGAUGAUCUUCUGACUGAAUCUGAGGACAUGGCCCAGAGAAGGAAGGAGGCCGCCGACAUGUUAAAGGCCUUACAGCGAGCCAGUCAGAUCAUUGCUGAGAUUCGGGAAACUCAUCUUUGGUGAAGAAAAGUCCCCAGCAUGCACGGAGGCGAAGAUGCUGCCUCUUGUACUAGUUGUUGCAAAUUUCACUCGAGUGUCAUUUAGGAAUUCUUGUGUUUGGAACUAUGUAAAUCUGUUAUGAGAAAUUGAGACAGAAAAUAUACCGUUUUGCAGAAGAAACAUAUAUAGACAUAUACAUACAUAUAUAUAUAUAUAUAAACCCCCCAUGUUAAAUAUGAAUAGCUGGUUCCCUGAAAUGUUCUGUGUGUGUGUGUGUGUGUGUGUGUGUGUGUCUGUAUAUGUACGUUCCAGCAGUGCCAGGGUUCUGGAGCCAGUUGUUUGUCCAGCUUAUCUUGUCCUAUCUCACAAGGUCUUGUGAUCUCCUAAGCAGUCUCGAGCAAUGACCAGCACGAGCCCACCAGACGAAAUAGAAGCGAGCGAUUUUGAUCGGAAAGCAUGCAUAGACUCCAAGCCAGCAACUGUGAUCUGGCCCUCAGAUUUGCAAGUUGCUCAAGUUGGACAUCAUUUUAGAAUCCACAUUUCCUCAAUGACCAUCUUUUAGCGUCUUCACUUCCUUCACUUUAGAUUGGCUAGCAAGAAAGCUGAAGGCAAAAGGAGGGUGAUGCUAAUGCCUGGAAAGAACCCAUGAGUACCGGGCUCUUCUGAGCCUGGGACCAAAAUUUUUAGUCUCAAUGCUUUAAAAAAAAGGGCAAAUCGUCCAUUUUGACUUCAGAGAUUCACACUUUUAUGCUCUUCUUUAAAGACCGAAGUUAAUGAAAGUGGAAUUGUUUCUAGAAGUAACGAUGUCCCAUAUUAGGUGACUUGGGAAGCAGUGGGGGGAGGGACAAAGUAUCUCCUGGUUUCUUUUUUGCCCCCAAAGCAAGGACUGAUUAUAAGGCCGUAUCUUCUUUGCCAAGAACUGCUAGGAAAGGCUACUGACGACUAUACACACACCUCAUCAAAAUUCAGUUUUAAAACAGAUAAGUCCUUGAAACCCUUUCAAAAUGGCCCCAAAUUGGGGAAAUUGGGUACUCUACCAGACAUGCCUUGGGCAACAUUUUAGGAAUACCUUGUGUUACACUAUACACGUCACAGGCACAGCUAAAGCCCAUACCUACUGUUCCAUACACCCAGAAACAGUAAGCCCAUAUCACCUGAUCUCACGCCCAUGCUAGUAAGCUACCAGCAGUAGUAGUGACAGAUUAUAACCGGACGUUUUCUGUUUUGUUUCAAGUGUUGGGUGGGUAGGCGAGAAACAUUCAAGUGAAGCCCCGAGGUAGAGAGAAAACUUCUGACCUUGAUUGUGUUGUUGCUGUUGUAAAUAAAACUGCUGUGAAAGACAGCCAAUAAACAGAACUUUGGAA